AACACACCCACCGCCCAGCAGACACCAAAACGAACCUCUUCGCAUGACCGACUUCAUUUGAAUCUGGUGAGGGAGGGAGUGGAGGUCUGGCGCCCGUCCUUAGCACUGUUAUUUCUCCCGCUGCCUUCGAACAACACAGUCGAUUCUCCUUAGGAAAACGGCUGAAUGGAGAGAAGAACAUUGUUCUAUGACAGCACUAAGGAAACUACCAGAAUUUCUUAUUUUCGAAGACAGUUUGCAAGUAGCUGCAUAUCAACGAGCAAUUUUCAAAUUCGUAUAGUGAGGUUCGCUGUAGUGUAAGAGGCAAAGUGAGAAGUAGCGGCCACCUUUUGAGUAAAAUAACCCCUAAAAGAUCAGAACCUACAGUAUUAUCGUUAGUGUCAUUUGGUAAGUAAUUUCACAUUUGCCAGAUUAGUUUGACAGUUGGCUGGAAUCAUGACUCGGAGAUCCUGUGUAAUUUACGCUACUGGAAUUGUCUGCGCCCACCUACUGAUAGUGGGGAUCGCCUUGGUGGUGGCUCAAGUCUUUCAAACAAUGAUUCACAACCGGCUAAAAAAGGAAUUGACUUUGACAGAGGCAAGCCGAGUAUUUGAGUCAUGGAAGAACCCGCCGCCUCCAGUCUACAUGGAGUAUUACUUCUUCAACGUGACCAAUCCAGAAGUGUUCUUAGCAGGGGGAAAGGCAGUGGUCACCCAGAUUGGACCUUACACUUACAGGGAAUACAGACCUAGGGAAAAUGUGACUUUCCUUGAAAAUGGAACCAAGGUUUAUGCCCUGAAUCCCAAAAGCUUUGUCUUCGUCCCAGAGAAGUCCAGAGGUAAUCCAGAGGUCGACAUUCUGAGGACAGUCAACAUCCCAGCUGUGGCGGUGAUGAGUGAGCUGAACUCCUACUCCUUCCUGCUGCGUACCUUCGUCUCCAUAUAUAUGAAGUCCCUCGGCGUGGAGAUCUUCAUGACCCGCACCGUCCACGAGGUGCUGUGGGGCUUCAAGGACCCUUUGCUCACCAAAAUCCACAGCAUUAGGCCAGAGGUGGAUGAGAUGUUUGGGCUGAUGUGGAAGAAAAAUGGAACUCAUGAAGGAGAGUUUGUGUUCCUGACUGGCGAACGUGACUACAUGGAAUAUGGCAGAAUAGACACAUGGAACGGGUUGACUGAAAUGUCAUGGUGGUCCUCUAACCAGAGCAACAUGAUCAACGGGACGGACGGCAGUGUGUUCCACCCUCUGUUGUCUAGGAAAGAGCUGCUGUACAUCUUUGCGGCUGACCUCUGCAGGUCUAUCCAUCUGGGUUAUGUUGAGGACGUGGACGUGAAGGGCAUCCCAGCCUACCGUUUUGCCCCGCCCCACGACGUCCUGCAGAGUCCUGAGGAGAACCCCACUAACGCCGGCUUCUGUGUGCCAGCUGGCGACUGCCUCGGCACCGGGGUGCUAAAAGUCAGUGUUUGCAGAGAAGGUGCACCUAUCGUGGUGUCGUUCCCCCACUUUUAUCAGGCAGAUGACAAGUACAUUAAUGCUGUUGAUGGACUGCACCCCAACAAGGAGGAGCAUGAAACUUACCUUGACCUUAACCCGACCACUGGGGUUCCCAUCCGUGCUUGCAAGAGAGCCCAGCUCAAUAUAAUUUUGAACAGAGUUCAAGGCUUCCCCAAAACCAAACAUCUAAACGAGAUAAUUUUUCCCAUCAUGUUUGUCAAUGAGACGGCCACUAUUGACGAUGACUCUGCUGCCCAGAUGAGAACCCUGUUGCUCAUCGUGACCUUGGUGUCCAACUUCCCUCUGCUCAUCGUGGGCAUGGGAGCCAUCCUGCUCAUUGUCCUAGUCGUCCUGGUCUGCAGGUCUCGCCAGAAGAAGAAUGAAGUAAAACGUAUUGAUUUUACUGAAGCUUUUCAUUCUUUUACUACGGCAAAAGAUGAAACGGCCUACACUCAAGUCAGCGACAAACCAGAGGUUGAACCAUCAGAAAACAACUAUACCAACCAGCCAAUGAGGAACGGCUCCUACAUCGCCAUGUCUCCCGUGGAGGCUCAGAAGUGUUGAUGCAGGCUGCAUUGUGUGGCGGGGCAGGCGGAGCAUUAUAACCAAGGCAGGGUUUUUCAGUGCGGACAGGGGUUUUCACUUUUGGGCAACCACCCCAAUAAAUGUCCAUGUCAAUCAAGAUGCUGCUCAUCUCAAUGAUGCUCUUGACUAUCCUGCUGAGCAUGGUCUUUCUGCCUGCCAUAGUGCAAAACAACAACUCCUGUCUACUACUACUACUACUACUCCUACUGUCACUUCUGUCUCUGUUCUGUUGGGCUCAGUGCUGGGUUCAUGAAGGAACACUUGGACAGCCAGGACAAAGCUUUUUUGAGUAUUUUCUGCGAGGGAAUAAGUAUCAAAUUAGGCAGUAUUCUCACUAAUUAAUAACAACCACUGAGCAGUCACUAUCAGCGUUCUACUGACUGAUGGGUAGUCUUCACCUGAUUUAAUGAAGACUAGAGGGUCCUGAAACAUUUCUUUGUAUCAGUGUUUGUGAGGUCACCUCAAACAGCCACCAGAUUAAAACAUCUGGUAUUCUUCUCUCCCUGUAACUGAGUAUUCACUGACUCAGAAUAUAAGUGGUUUUGCUAGUAAAACUGUACUUAGCAUAUCCUUUUUGAAGAAAAAAGAAAUUGACUACUUAUUUUAUUUUCCAGGGAUGAAUCCGUCAGUGCACACACCCAAGUUGUUAUCAAAUAGAAUUUGUGACAGUUUGUGUGUGCAUGUCUUACCAUGCAGUAUGACAACUGAGAAACUAGACAUUUAGCUCUUUUUCCCUUUCCCUUCACCUUUCCCAACACUAGUUUGAGACAGAUUUUUUUUCUAAACCUUAGACAUUUCCUCAGAUAAGGCAUUAGUAAAUAGCUGCUUUCCCAUUCAGGAAAGGCCUUAACUUUCAUCUCAUAUUGAAAUUGUAAGAAAAGAAACAUACCCACAAAACUUAUAAGGGAGACUUGAACCUACUUUCUGCCUUACAAUUUUCUGUGUUUCUUUGUUGAUAUGGUAAAAAGCUGGAUAUCUUAAUAGUUGUACAUAUGCAAGGGGGAAAUGUCUGGCUACCUCUGACCUAAUCCAGCAAGUAGUCACAGGUGUGCCAAAGACACCAUUUUUUUAACAUCAGUGUGGACCCACUUUGUGUGUCUGCAUCAAUACUUGGAGAAAGCACAAUUUGGAUUGAUAGUACAGUCCUCAUAACAAGGUGACCAGGUUUUCACAUAAAGACGAAACACUGUUAGAAACAUCGACUGGUGCGCCGUAAAAAAAAAACGCAGGUGAAUUGUAGAAUAAACAAUCGGGCCAUGCACACCGCUUCUGCUGUGCAUGUUAUGUCAGAGUCAACUGGCUUGCCAAGGAGCUGUAGAUAUUCAGACGAACAUGGCACUUGAAUCACUCUUUGUCUGAUGUUUUGAUUUUUUUUUUUGCCAUUUUGGUCACUAGUCUCUGUGUUGUGUCAAGCCUUUUGGCAGUUGCUUCUGGAAAAAAUGAACUAAGGCCAUAAUACUGUCAACUUGAAAAUUCCUGCACUUUCCCCAAAAAAAGAACGUGCCCUGUAUUUUUUGGGUUGUUAUAUAAAAUGCAAGGGUCCUUCUGUGUAUUUCAGUAGUUUGCCCCAGGGUUGUUUUUCAAUGUGGUUCCUGAGGUGUUAUUCUAGAUGGACACUUUGCCUUUGUUACUUGCUUUUCAGUACAUUGAAUAUGAUUUUUUUAUUUGUAUCUAUUAUUGCUGCUAUUAAUUGCCAUAACCUAUGGACUUGUAUUUUUUAUAUGGAUGAGCCAUCCAUGCUCAUAUUCUGUUUUUAAGGUUGUUCCAACAGAAACCAGUAUCAACUUCUGAAUUGCUAUGUCUGGUCUCUGUGAAGCAACUCUUUAAAUAUUGAAGAAUAUUUGAGCAGGAUACAAUGCCCAAAGCUUGCUGUCAUUUACUGUGAUUAGCACACAACUAUAGAUAGCAACACAUUGUAACAUGAGGAAUUGUCCAUAUUGAGAUCAUUUUGAUAUUUGUAAUACUUGUUUCUGUGGGUGAUUUGUAGGGUUUGUUCAACUGGAAACUCUGGAGUUCUAGAUGGGAUGCCCUAGUAAACAAAUUUUAUAUAUAUAUAUUUUUUUUCAAGCAUGAGUUUGGUUGUGCAAUUAAGGACGUUUGUCAGACAUGGCUUUGGGCAUCUACUCAAACUUUGGUCCUGGUUAUAUUAUAUGUCAAGGACCAAUAAACAGUAGGCCUUUUCAGCUCAAUCUAUAUACAAGCAAUCAUGGCCUUGUGCAUGUAUUGCUUACUUGUUUAAUCAUCACAGUAUAUCUUACCAUCCUUAUUGACUUGAAUCUAUAAGACCUUAAACCUGAACUGUGUUGUGUGCGCGUGCACACACGCAUACACCUGAGCCAAUACUUACCACUGUCUGACUGACUAGUCCCAUUCACCUUUUGUACCCAAUCAUUCAAGUCCAUUCGCUCCCCUGUGCUUGACCAAAGAUAACCUACAUAGAUCGGUUCCAGCUCGUGUUUACUCAAUUUAGAGAUAACGGUUGUGCCGCCACCACCGUCUGCCUACCUUCUAUACUAUGGCUGCGUCUGGAAUUGCACCCUAUAUCGUUUACAGUGCAUUACUUUUGACCAGGGCCCACAGGCUCUGGUCAAAGGUAGUGCCCCCUGGUCAAAGAUAGUGCCCCCUGGUCAUAGAUAGUGCCCCCUGGUCAAAGAUAGUGCCCCCUGGUCAAAGGUAGUGCCCCCUGGUCAAAGGUAUUGCCCCCUGGUCAAAGGUAUUGCACUGUAUAGGGAAUAAGUUGCUGUUUUGGAUGCAUUCCAAAUGCAGUGUAUUUACAACAGUGUUUGAGUCAUGUGCUUCUCCCAUCAAGGCCAAAACAUGUAGUUUUUACAAUUUGAUAAGGAUUAUUAAUAUUAAGCGAACUUCAAAGGGUUAAAAUGCAUCUCUAAUGUGAAGGGGAAAAACUGAGUUAUGUAUUGACGCAGCAAUACAAGGUUAUGUAAAAUGUUAUAUAAAAGUUUUUUAAUCUGACACAAUAUUUAUGUAUCCAUAUGUUCAUUGUUAUAUUUGUCCCGAGUGUACGUUUUUUGUGGUCGUGUUUCAUUUCUAAGUACAGUUUAUUUUUUAAUAUUCAACGGGGGUUAUCGCACACAUGUUCAGUUUGUAUCAUGAAAUGUUUGUCUCACAGAGAAAUACAUCUUGUAAAGCUGGUUCAUAAUGUGAGAUAUUGAUCCAUCAGUGAGGGUAGCAAAGUCCCCAAAUGUUCUGAGAGAAUUCCUUCAUGGUUGUGAAUGUGUGUGUGUGUAGGAUAAUAAGCUAAUGUAGACCUAUUUUUGUGCAGCUAAUGCACAGUUUUGUCAAACUGGAGUGAUUAAUUGGAAGGCUGACUAUCUGUGUACAUGUGUAGGGAGAUUGCCUUGGUGCCAGAACAGGAACAAGGGAAGUGUACUCUCAAUCUAACCCAUAGAUGAAUGAAGCCCUCCUUCAGGGAAGAAGAACGCUGGUGCCAUACAUCCUUUUAUUUCAGAAAUGUACUUAAACGUUACGGAUUUUUGUUUUAAGCAGUGUAGCAACUGUAUACUGUUCACAUGUCAUUGCGUGUAAGUUUCUCAGUCACCGACUAACAGACAUUUCAUGUUACUUCUGAGAUAUAUAUUUUUUUGCUGCUGAAAGUGACAAUCGUCAUGUUUGGUGCAAAACUAUUUCAAAAGUAAUCCAUAACUUUUAGUUAAUUUACACUGCACAAAUGUUUAUACAAUGCUUUUGUAAACAUUUUUAGUGUAUUUGCGAAAAUAAAUAUAUUUGCAAUGAAUGCAAAGAAUACA